GAAGUCUAUCACUAGAUAAGUAAACAUGAGCGGACGCGGAAAAGGAGGCAAAGGUCUGGGUAAAGGAGGCGCUAAGCGUCACCGCAAAGUUCUCCGUGAUAACAUCCAGGGAAUCACCAAGCCCGCCAUCCGCCGUCUGGCUCGCCGUGGCGGAGUGAAGCGCAUCUCUGGUCUGAUCUACGAGGAGACUCGCGGUGUGUUGAAGGUUUUCCUGGAGAACGUGAUCCGUGAUGCUGUCACCUACACCGAGCACGCCAAGAGGAAGACUGUGACCGCCAUGGACGUGGUUUAUGCUCUGAAGAGACAGGGAAGAACUCUGUACGGCUUCGGCGGUUAAACUACUCUCUUCACUUUGUCAACAACAAUAACAACAAAUAACAACAACGGCUCUUUUAAGAGCCAAACACUUUGUCUAUGAGAGCUCACAGUCCUAAUGUAUGGAUGCAUAUAUUUAUAUAUAACUUAAUUCAAAAUGUGCCAAUAAUAAUGCUUGUGU